UCUGUUCCAAUAUACAUAUCAGGUUAAGUUAUAUCAAUCAGUAUAGCUAUGUCGGUGACGGAGCAGGACAAACCAGAGGAUUCUUUGUCUCAAGAUGGCGUUUAUGUAAUGUCGGCAUGGGGAAAACGACAAAUAGUUUUGAAUGGAUAUCUGUACCGAAAACAAAAAGUUAUAAAACAUAAAUCUUAUUGGAAUUGUGUUUCUGAAGCAAAAUAUAAAUGCAAGGCAAAAAUUCAUGUCAGCGAGGAUGGAGCUGCUACACCAACCAUAACACGAGCACUUGAAAAUCACUGCCAUGAUCAACUUUUACAUAAGAUAGAAGAGAGACUAGCCGUCAGCAGAUUGAAAAUGAAAGUUUUAGAAUCUGGGGAACCUGUGGCGAAAGCAAUGAGAAAAUUUGUGAUCGAAGAACCAAUUAUUGCUGAGAAAGGAGAAGAGAAAGUACGAUCUGCUAUGAGAAAAGUGAGAAGAAGAGUUAGACAAUCACAGAGGUUAUCACUGGAAAACAGUGAGGAAUCAAACAACACAAAAAAAAAAUCAAGCAAAAGUAAAAAAGACGCCACUCUUGUCUAUGAUUGGGAGGGUAUCAGUAAUUCCCCAUCCUUUGUGAGAAGUGGAUUUAUGCAAAAUCUUGGUUCAAAAUAUAAAAAUUCCUCAAGUGAAUCUUUGAUUAAAUCUGACAAUUUAAACAGCGAAUCAAUAUCGAACUUACCAAAUUUGCAAGUUGAAAUACAAGUACCAGAACCAUAUUCAGAGAACGAUUCGAACAUGAGUGAAUUAAGCGCAUUCGAAGGAAGUUUGCAAGGCAAAGUAAUCUUAGUCGCUGGUGCAUCAAGUGGAAUCGGGAAGGCUAUUGCGGAAGCUGUUGCAAGAGCUGGUGCACACGUAUGUGUUGGCGCACGAAGACAAGAUAAACUAGCUGAAGUCUGUGAAAAAAUUGACUCUGAAGGUGGUAUUGUACACCAAUAUGAAUUGGACGUAACGGAUCGGGCUCAAUUUUCUCAAGUUGUGAAAACUAUUGAGGAACUUAUGGGCCCGAUUGAUAUUUUAAUAAACAAUGCUGGAUGCAUGUUUUACACGCACAUGCACAAUGCAAUGAUGGAUGAUUGGGAUAAAAUGAUUAAUAUUAAUUGUCGUGGCGUAACUAACGGUAUUGGGUGUGUUCUACCUGGAAUGGUAGAAAGGGGGAAAGGUCAUAUUGUUAACACAUCAUCAGAUGCAGGCAGGAGAGGGUUUCCUGGUUUAGCGGUAUACUCCGCAACAAAAUUUUUUGUAGAAGGACUCUCUCAAUCUUUAAGGCAAGAAGUAAAAGACAAGGGGGUCAGAGUAACUUGUAUUCAACCCGGUGACGUUGCGACUGAAAUUGGGAAUUAUACGAGAGAUCUGGAUGCCCAAGUGCAAUACAAUACAAUGGGUUCAGCAAGUAAAAUCCUUGACCCUGAAGACAUUGGAAGGGCUGUCUUAUAUGCCCUUACUCAGCCAGAUCAUGUAGGUGUAAAUGAAAUUCUUAUAGAGCCCACAGAAGCUCCAAUCUAAUUUAUGGUAUUUGACAACCUUUCCGUAUCUGAGCGUUUGUUUUUCAGAUAUGUUUUUAAGUUUACUUAGUCCAAUGUAUGCUGUUCCUGCCAGACUAAAAUCAAGCCGAAAGGCUGUUUCAAGCAUUAGUUGAAAAUAAUAUUAAAUUCUGGGUGCCAAUAAUAUUGUGUUUUGUGACAAAAUCAUGAUACAUAAACUGCAUGAACUGGUAUAUAAAUCGUGUUUUCUUUUGUUAACUAAACUGCUUGUAUAUAGAUUGUGAUAGCCAAAUGUUUUUUAUGCAUGGAAUAUAUUUGUGAGGUCAACUUUUCGCAGUUACAUAUAGACGAUAAAUUAUUCCAGAAUUUUAAUAAAAAGUGUGUUUUUGAUUUUAGCGCUUGUGGGAAUUAUGGCAUACCAGUACAUGAAUUAUUUUGUUUACUGAUUUCCAACAAAUGUUAAGCUGACUUAUAUCAUAUAAUCAGGGAAAUCACUACGAAAUGGUUAAAUUAGAUGUCAGUUUACGUAUAGUCCAAUGUAUUUUUCUGGUUUUGCUUUGAAAUCGUGAUAUAAUGUGGUCUAUUUUCAAACUACUUGGUAAAUUGUUUUGAUGUAGUCCAAUUUUGAUUUUUAAACUGUUUUUCUUCAGCAAUUAUUCAGUUUACUCCAGAUCCCAAGUUUUCAUGAAUGGAGGAAUAUUGAAUAAUGUUUAUUCAGAAGAUUGAUUAGUUAUUAAAGUUAUAAAAUAUAUAUCAUACCAAACAAUUGUUUCGUCUCUUAAGAAAAUACUUUUGUAGUGUUAUUAUUGUAUUUUGAGGCUUCCAUAAUUAUGUUCAUUCAUGGAAUACCUUCUAAUAAAAGCAUUAUUAAAUGCGUUUGUGUAGUUUGUAGGAAUUCUAUCUAAACAUUACUGUAACUACAUUUUAGCACUUGACCUAAGGGAUGGGAUAGAGAAUUUUCAUUAUUUUAAUGAAUUAUUAGAAAAUUAUAAAUUGAAAAAAAGGGAUGGUUAUGAACUGGAGUUUCAAAACUUUUUAGCAGCUCCAUUUACAACAAAAAUCCAUGGCUCUAGUCCCGUCCGAAUACUCCAGUAACAAGGCAGCAUUUACCUGAUUAAAUGCGCCUGACUUGGUUUCUAGUUAAUACUGGACUGUGGUUUGCUAUGGGAAUGAUUCAUCUUAUUUUCAAUCUCAGGGUUUAUAUAGAAAUUUUAUCAGCUUGGUAAACCAAGUAUUGCAAAAUGGAUCUUCAAAUAUUGUACAAUCAUUUCUACCUUUUUUUUUUAUCUCCAAAGUAAUUUAUUCCUCACAUUCUUGGUGCAGGUAAAAAUAGUAGGAUAUUCAAAUUAUCAUCCAGUAGAUGCUUUUCAUUCUCAAAUUAAUUGCAUAGACCUGAGACAAUUACAAAGUUAUCUAUACCCAUACUUGUCCUGGACAUACAAUCGGACAAGAAACAGUCUACCAUAGGAUUAAGCCAUUUCAUCAGCCUUGCUCAGGAUAAAUAUAAAAAACCUAUCUUGAUUGUCAUUAGCAAAUAUGCUAUACAUGCUGAUUAUAUUCUUAUAAGCAGUAGUAAUGAAAAUUUGAUUAGGUUAUUAUUAAACAACGAUUACGGUACUUGUAAUAUGAACGAGUGUUUUCUUUUAACAUUGAUUUGGUUUUGACGUGUAUGGGCCAAAUAUCAAAGUUUUUUGUUGAAAAAUUUUGAGUUUUGUUUUCCAAUAAUCCAGGCCUCCUUGUAAACAUAGGCCAUUGCUUCAAAAACGUUUUUGAUCUAUUCAAGCAUUAUUAAAAUUAUCAUCAUUCAUUUCUCAUUUUCGUUUAUUUUUACAUAUUGUUGAAUCACUCAACUCAUCAAAACAGUUUUUUGGGGGAUUCGUUACCAUGGGAAUCGAAAUCUUCAUCAAAAAUUAUUUUUGUGAUAAUCUGUUAUAUGUUAAACUAUUAUUAAUUGAAUCCUUUCAAAGUAGA